UUCAGACACGUCAUUGCUGGAUGAGGAGACUAAAACGGAAUCGGGAUCUCUUCAUAAUAACUUCAAAAUGAGAAGAAAGUAACAAAACAAAAGAGGCACGACAUCCAGUGCGUAACGUUUAGGAAAACUCACACUAUUCUGCAAGAUGAUCGUUGUGAUGAGCAUGGUGACCCAACCUCCAAAUGAGCUUGUCCCCAGGCAAGAGGCCAAGGCUACAUUUUCCAUCUAAUUGUCCUGACUUCAGGUGAUUGGAAUUAUGGGGUGAUUUCCAUCUCUACAAGCUGACAGAAACAUGGAUUUGAACUUCUCCAUGGUCCGUGAUAGCGAUAAUUUGCCAGAGAGAAACUCAUCCAAGCGUGUUCUGACAGGCUGUUUUCUCUUUGCGCUCAUCCUGACCACACUGCUAGGGAACACACUGGUAUGUGUUGCUGUCACCAAGUUCCGCCACCUGCGUUCAAAGGUCACCAACUUCUUUGUGAUCUCUUUGGCCAUCUCAGACCUGCUGGUGGCCAUCUUGGUGAUGCCAUGGAAGGCAGCGACGGAGAUCGUGGGCUUCUGGCCCUUCGGAGCCUUCUGCAACAUCUGGGUGGCAUUCGACAUCAUGUGCUCCACAGCGUCCAUUUUGAACUUAUGUGUCAUCAGCGUGGACAGAUAUUGGGCGAUCUCAAGCCCGUUCCGCUAUGAGAGGAAGAUGACACCCAAGGUGGCAUUUAUUAUGAUCAGUGUGGCAUGGACUCUGUCCGUGCUUAUCUCCUUCAUACCUGUGCAGUUGAACUGGCACAAGGCUGCAGUGUUGGAGCUCAACAGCACUUACGGGGAGCUGCCUCCGGACAAUUGCGACUCCAGCCUUAACAGGACUUAUGCCAUCUCCUCCUCCCUCAUCAGCUUCUACAUCCCUGUGGCAAUCAUGAUCGUGACUUACACCCGGAUUUACAGAAUUGCCCAGAUACAAAUCAGGAGAAUCUCAGCCCUGGAGAGGGCUGCGGAGAGUGCCAAGAACCGCCACAGCAGUAUGGGGAACAACUCCAACAUGGAGACGGAGAGCUCCUUCAAGAUGUCUUUCAAAAGAGAAACCAAAGUCCUAAAGACCCUCUCUGUCAUAAUGGGGGUGUUUGUAUGCUGCUGGCUGCCCUUCUUUAUCCUCAACUGCAUGGUGCCCUUCUGUGAGGCCAACAGCACCUCUGAUUUCUUCUGCAUUAGCCCUGCUACAUUUGACGUGUUCGUCUGGUUCGGCUGGGCCAACUCCUCACUCAACCCCAUCAUAUAUGCCUUCAACGCGGACUUCCGCAAAGCAUUCUCCAUCCUGCUGGGCUGCCACAGACUCUGCCCGGGCAGCAAUGCCAUAGAGAUAGUGAGCAUCAACAACAAUGGAGCUCAGCCACCUGCGUCCCAGUAUCAGCCUAAAGGGCACAUUCCCAAGGAGAGAAACAAUGCCACCUAUGUGAUUCCCCACAGCAUCUUAUGUCAGGAGGAGGAGCUGCAGAAGAAGAAUGAGGUUGGGAUUAAGACCUUGGAGAAACUGUCCCCGCCUCUUUCUGAAAACUUGGACAGCGAUGCAGAUGUGAUUAAUCCUAUAACUCAGAACGGCCAACACAAAACUGUGAGAUGUUGAUUGGUGUAUGUAUUGGUAUACAAAAAUAGAAGGAACCCACAGAGGGAGAGACCAGGCAGAAUGCCUAGCAAAGGUGUGGGGUAUACAAACUGAGCUUCACUGCAAACCUUAAAUCUCUAAUCACUAUGGAAAUCUACAGAAUGUUUCAAAUGAAGGCACUUUAUCCUGGUUAACUAUCUGCAAAACACCUUCAGCAUUUAUUAAUGAAGUAUAGACAGAUUUGUUGAUAAAUGUUCCAUAACUUGAAAAAAGAAAUACACACAUGUAUACAUGUGUUGUAUUUAUAAAUACGUAUACAUUUGCAUAUAUGUACAGUAGUGAUGUUACAAAUAUCCUGGAUGCCAUUAUAACAUGGAGAAAGAAGUAGAAAUAUUAGCUAAAUGUCUUGUAAGUGCUUUACAUUUAUGUAUACUGUGUGUUUCAUAUUCUCCAUUGAACUAUAAAGAUAAUUGGUUUUGCUAAAAAAACAUUAUGUCAACCGCAGUGUGUAAUUAAUUGGUUUUUAUUUAUAUUAUUUAUCAUAAUAUAUCGGCGAGUUGAAGACACUUCGGUGGUAAUGACAAUUGAGUCAAAUAAUAUGACCAUAGGAUGGUGUAAAUAAUUCAAAACAACCCUCAUCAACUCUUGCAUUUACAUUCUUGUGACAAAGUGGUAAGCCUCAGAGCGGUAGGGUGUUAGUAAGGUAUGAUGUAUACACAUGUAUGCAUUUGACAUUUAGAGCACUGUGUCAAUAACUGAGGCAUGCUUUAAAUGCCUUUUCAUUUUCACAGUUACAACAUCUCAUGCCAAGUAUGCCAUAUUUCUAAACAUUUCAGUUGUAUUGCCCUUUUGUAGUAAAUGCAUUUUCCAACUUGUGUAGAUAGAGCUCAUUCUGAUUGUCCCUAUUACUCACUCCCACAAGACACUCUCCUCUUGAAAAGUGUUACCUCUUCACACUUAGGGCAUCAGUGAUCCUGUUGGCAAGUCAGGCCUCAUGAGACACUCCUUCAG